AUGCCUAAAUCAGUUCGAACUAUCACAAGUGCAGAGGAUGCUAGAAUUUGUGUUGUCAUGGUAGGUUUACCUGCCAGGGGUAAAUCAUUUAUUGCCCAAAAGAUUAUAAGAUUUCUAUCAUGGAUAUCGGUAAAUGCAAAAUCGUUCAAUGUUGGUCAAUAUAGGAGAGAGGCAGGUGCCCUGAAACCAACACCAGACUUUUUUGAUAUGGACAAUGAUAAUUAUUUUGUCAUAAGGAAGCAAGCAGAAAAUAAUGCUAUCAAAGAUAUUUUAAAAUGGUUUAGCGAAGAAGAUGGUGUAGUGGCUGUAUUGGAUGCUACCAAUUCAACUAGAGAGAGAAGAGCCGGUAUUUGUGAAAUAUUGAAAGCUAAUAAAAUUGAACCUAUGUUUAUCGAAAGUUAUUCUGAUGAUGAAAGCUUUAUAUUACGUAACAUCAAUGAAGUUAGAAAGGUUUCACCAGAUUAUUCAGAACAGGAUCCAGAAAUGGCUAUUAAAAAUAUACUAUUAAAAUUACAAAAAUAUGAAAAGAAUUAUGAAACCAUGACUUCUGAACUUGACGGGGAUUUAACCUUUAUAAAACUGGUUAACGGUGCACAAGAGGCAAUUAUUAAUAGGAUAAAGACAUAUUCAGAAAGUAGAAUAGCAUUUUAUGUCAUGAAUUUACAUUUGAAGCCUCGGUGCAUAUAUUUAUCCAGACAUGGGGAAUCUGUGUACAAUGUGGAACAAAAAAUUGGAGGGGAUUCGUGUUUAUCAGAGAGAGGACUUAAGUAUGCUCAGAAAUUACCAGAGUUAGUUACAGCUAAUGCAGGAGAUGCAAAUUUAACAGUAUGGACAUCGACACUAAAGAGAACUCAUGAGACUGCACAAUAUUUAGCAUACAAGAAAUUGCAGUGGAAGGCAUUGGAUGAAUUGGAUGCUGGUAUAUGUGAUGGUAUGACUUAUGAAGAGAUAGAAGAUAAAUAUCCGGAUGAUUUUAAAGCUAGAGAUGACGACAAAUAUGAAUAUAGAUAUAGAGGUGGUGAAUCAUAUAGAGAUGUUGUGAUUAGAUUAGAGCCUAUUAUAAUGGAACUGGAGAGGCAAGAUAAUAUAUUAAUCAUUACACAUCAAGCAGUUUUAAGAUGUAUAUAUGCCUAUUAUAUGAAUGUUCCACAGGAGGAAUCUCCAUGGAUGUCAAUUCCUUUACAUACAUUAUUGAAAUUAGAGCCUAGAGCUUAUGGAACGAAGAUAACAAAAAUAAAAGCAAAUAUUCCUGCAGUUAGCACAUACAAAGAGAAGGGUACAAGUCAAUUGGGAGAAUCAGUAACAGCUAGCAAAGCAUCCGUUCGGGACAUUAUCACUUCUAUCGCUGGUGAUAAAUAA